ACACAUCAUCAUCACCCGCCAUUGCCACUCACGCCUCUCACACUUUUCCUGGCAUAAAGCGCUGCUUGCUGGCUGCUCCGUUGUCGUCCGCCCACAUCUGCCUGUUUGUUUGUGACACCCCCCCCCCCUUAAACAGGUUCCAUUCAUUUCCGCACCUCACUCUUUCCCUAGACUCGACACACCAUGGCUUUGAAGCGAAUUCACAGAGAACUCAAGGAUCUUGAGCGUGAUCCUCCUGCACAAUGCUCGGCUGGUCCUGUUGGUGAUGAUUACUUCCACUGGUCGGCAACCAUCAUGGGUCCUUCAGAUAGCCCCUUCCAAGGGGGCGUCUUCUUCCUCGACAUUCACUUCCCCGCAGACUACCCGUUCAAGCCGCCAAAGGUCUCGUUCCAAACAAAGAUCUACCACCCCAACAUCAACUCGUCUGGCGGCAUCUGCCUCGACAUUCUCAAGUCACAGUGGAGCCCGGCAUUGACCAUCUCCAAGGUGCUCCUCUCCAUUUGCUCCCUCCUGACAGACCCCAACCCGGAUGACCCGCUCGUGCCCGAGAUUGCCCGCCUCUACAAGACAGACCGUGCCAAGUACGAGAAGACGGCACGCGAGUGGACCACCAAGUACGCCACCUAAUCCUCGUGCCUUCCAAUCUUCUUAACUGUCGUGUUUUGUUUUGUGUGUCUCUUGUUGUCGUCGUUGUCGUUGUCGUCGUCGUUGUGGGUGCUUGAUGUGGUUCACCGCUGAGGUCAUCGUGCACUGUUUCCACAAGCACAUGUGCUCGUUCGCAUUGUGAUGGAUGGGUUGAUCUUCGACUCGUCAUUCUUCCCAGCCGCACGCUUUGGUGGUUUUGCUCCCCGUUCACCUCGGGUGGAAACGCCGUGCUUGCCUUUGUGUGAACAGCUGCAUCGUUUGUGCGUGUGUGUGCGUGUGUCAGUGUGUGUCCCUCUCCUGUCUCUUUUGCUGCCCCGACCCAUUUUUCUCCUUCUUGUUCUGUUUGUUGGUUUGUUGUUGUUGUUGUUGUCGCAACAACAACACACCCUGCACCAGCCCAUAUGUACACCAGGCAUGUUGUGUGUGUAUGUUUCUUCUUCCCUUGAACAUCAUGCGAUUGCUUGUCGUUGACUCUGGGCGGUUGUCCUCGAAUAGAACUGGAAAGCGAGAACCAGACAGCG